UAUGACUGGGCUCCGUUAUAUCCUCUUUUUUAUAGUAACCUCGAUUGGGCAACCAUACAAAGUUGGUCUCUUGUUGAACUCCGAAGAGCAGGAUGAGUCCAAUGCCAUCAAAAGCCUCGCCCAAUACACCAUCUCCAAACUAAACAAAUCCAACACCAAACUGCAACUGGUAGAACGAUACCAUGACUCAGUAUACCUGAAUCUCAUGACUAGUGUUUGUGAACUUAUCGAUGAAAAUGUUGUGGCUAUCAUAUCUGGGUCCGAUUCAACUUUAACGGCGAUUCAGGUGAAUAUGGCAAAUCAGUUUCAUGUUCCACUUGUUGCUGCGGUGGCUACAAAUCCUUUCCUCGAACCCGUCUCUAAGGAAAACUUUGAACUGGCACUUUCACCAUCAGACGUAUAUCAGAGUCAAGCUAUAUUCGACUUGUUGAAGGAGUACAAUUGGUACCAAUUCUCAAUUCUGGCAUCGGCAGACGAUUACGGGAUCAACAGCAUCGUGAACUUGCAAUAUCUGGCCUCACAAGAUGACAACUUCAGCAUUAGGGACAUCCAACAUUUUGAUGUAAGAAAGGAUCUUUCAGAUUCAGAAAAUUCUUCUUUCUUUGAAAAAGAGCUUCAACUGAUCAAAGAUUCAAUAGUUAAGGUUAUUGUCCUAAACUGUGACGGAAAGUUCGCCAAAAUCAUAUUCAGGGAAGCCGAAAGAAAGGGCUUGAUGGACGAAUCAUUUGUCUGGAUAACGACAGAUGCGAUCACAUCUAAACCAGAAACAAUGGCCUAUGAUGACUUGUCCUACCCUUCCUUCUAUCAAGGAUUGAUAGGAACGCUGCCUCACUAUGGAAAAGGUUCCACAAAAUACAACGAUCUGGCAAAUGGAUACAUUAUGACUGGGGGUAGAUCCUCGGAUUUGCGCAUGUCAUCUGUAAAAGUUUCUAUGGGUCUAGAAAUCGUCCAUUUCUCUCUAAAAGAGCUUGAUGAAGGUGAAUGGGACAACUCCCCAUUAGUUAGCUGUAAAACACCUUCUUACUGGGUCGGUGGUGAUGAACUCUUCAGCAAAUUGGAUGAAAAUUUCCAAAACGGAACAUAUGACAAUUCUGGGGUGGUCAUUCCAACGUAUGACAUACUGAACUUCCAAGAAAAAGGCUUUGAGAAGGUUGGGAAAUGGGAAAAGUCCAGGGGUCUUGUUAACCUUGGUAAGGAUGAAACAAUAUCACAGUGGGUUGACAGAAAAGAUGUUCUAUUUAGUGGCAAUAAGUACUCACCUCCCAGUGGAAUAGGGAACACGCUCACCGGCUAUCACCUUCGAAUUGGCAUAGUUACAGAUCCACCGAUUGCAUAUUUCGACGAGAAGUGUGGCAAUAAUUCUAGUCCUGACUGCUGGUACGGCUGGAAUCCUGAUAUCUUCCAAAAACUUCAGGAAGACCUAAACUUUACGUACGAAUAUGUUCAGCCGGCAGAUAAUAAAUUUGGUGGCUUGAACAAAGAAACAAAAGAAUGGAAUGGAAUGAUUAGAGACAUUCUGGACAGAAAAACAGACUUGACCAUAACUAUAUCAAUAAGUACUGAGCGGUCCAAAUACAUCGACUACACUGCGUCUGUAUAUGAGGAUCAGGCUGCUUUCGUUCUCCAUACUAGGGCCACCAAAAGUUCAUCGAACUUGUUCUUUUUCCUGGAACCCUUCGACUUAUUAGUUUGGAUAAGCAUCAUUGGCCUAAUCCUGGUGAUCGCUCUUUUGACCACAUUUUUCAGUAAGUUCUCUCCUUUCGGGAAAUAUGGCAGGACUGUCCACGCUAUGCAGAGUUGUGCAUGCGCCAAAUGUGUGCGAAGGAGAGAAAUAAAAGUGGCUAAGAAGUGUAGGUUUGUUGACACGAAGGAAUAUAGUUGUUUGGUGGAGAAAGUGGAGGAGGACGAUGGGGUGAACGAGCUCUCUUACUACAACUCAACAUGGCUUAUUGGAACAGGUUUUGUUCUGCAGGGGACUGACAAAUUUCCUACAGCACCGUCUGGUCGCUUCCUUCUUUUCAUGUGGUGGCUCUUCAUCAUGAUUCUCACCUCGAUGUACACGGCAAAUCUAACUGCUCAUCUGACGCUGGAUCGUUCUACUGCAACAAUUACCAAACUAGACGAUCUGUUGAACCAGGGAGACUAUAAGUGGGGACUUUUAAAUGAUCGUUUUAUUCAGAACAUGAUGUCUGAUCAUGAUGAUGAAACAUACAACAAAAUUGUUAGCAGUGGAGUCGGAUUGGAAAGUUUAGAUGAAGGCAUUGCAAGAGUUAAAAAAGGUGGUUUUGUCUUCAUUGAUGAAAGCUCUGUACUCACGUAUAAUUUCAAGGGAGACUGUGAAGCUGCACUUACGAAAACAGGCAAGUUUAACAACCAGUGGGCAUUGGGGACACAAGUAAAUUCACCAUAUUCAGCAGUUAUCAACAGCAUGUUCCUACAAUACCGUGAGAGGGGUUGGUUAACCACCAAAUUUGACGAAUGGUAUAACUCCGCCGAUGAAAACGCACCGACUUGUUCUUCUUCGGUCGGCAGUGAUACUAAAUUUGGAAUUCCGAUUUUAGCAGGACUGUUCCUUAUUUUAGGUGCUGGAGCUGUAAUAGCCUUUGUCACUGUGAUCUUUGAAAUACUGUACGUUUCCCGCUUAGACAGUAUAAAAAUGAGGAAGAGUAUCUGGCAAUGUUUGUGGAGAAGAAUAGUGUUUAAGUAUCGUGAAGUCACAGAAGAGUGGUUUGGAAGAAGCCACAAAAGGGUCGAAGAUGGGUUAAGGAUUCAUGCGAAUUUAUUUCAAACAAUAAGCAAUAAGUAAUUUCUAACACUUCUAUUUGAAGUAUCGAGAUUUUUAUCACAGGCUGAUAGUUAACCUUUCAAUAUAGACCUCAAAGGAAUAUGAGUUAAAAUAUUUCCAUUUUCCAUUUUAUGUUUAUGUCUAUGAGCGUGUAGUUAUAAACCUAAUUAUCACCUUAAUAAUCCCAGAAUGUGUGUGUGUCUGAUCGUCUGUCUGUCUGUCUGUGCGUGUGUAAUUUCCGGUCUGUUAUAUUUAAUAAACGGUAAGAGUUACGGGACUGGUUUUUUCGGUAUAGUGCCGACAAAACUCUGACGAAGCCAAUAAGCAAAUUUUUAAAAAAUCGGCCGAUGGUUUGUGGUUUAAUUGGUGGUUUUGUACCAUAAAUGUCAGGCACCGCAAUAGAAACAUUUUUGAAGAAUUCGCAAAUUCACACUUCAUGAUCUCUUUAAAUGAAAUAAUAUUCAUGUGUUCAAUUUUGUCG